AUGGCCUACCCUCAAGGCAAUGGGCAAGCAGAAGUUGCCAAUCGGGAGAUCCUCAGAGUCUUACACGCUCGGCACAACCACAUGGGAGGCAGUUGGGUUGACGAGCUCCGUAGUGCGCUGUGGGCUCUCCACAUGACUCUGAAGGAGGCGACCGGCAUAACUCCGUUCCAGUUGGUGUACGGCGGUGAAGCAGUUUUCCCCAUGGAGGUCGCAGUAGAAUCCGAUUGGGUGCAACGCUAUGACUAUGGGAACGGCAAACGAAGGCUGAUGGAGCUGGACUUGGUGGAUAAAGCAAGGGAAAAAGUCGUCGUGCGGCUAACUGCAUACUGA